ACUGGUCAACCAAUUUGAAUGAAUUCAUUGUGUGUGUGUGUGUGUGUGUGUGUGAGAGAGAGAGAGAGAGAGAGAGAGAGUUCAUAAGAAGGGAAGGGAAGAGAAGCCGGGAGGGCGCAACACAUAAAACCAAAGGGCAGAGAACACAGAGAGAGAGACAGAGAGAGAGGGAAUCAAUGGCAAAGAGAAGAAAAAUGGCCCGCGCAGGUUCUCGCCUGAUCAGAUGGACGUCUCAGAGCCUUUUCAUAGCUCUCGGCGCUGUCCUCGUAACCCUCGCCGUUUAUCACCACCCCACAGGUUGCCCCGCAACGGUUGUGGACCAUCGGACGACGAACAAGAGCCACAAUGUGGCUCCUGUCUCAUCGCCGGCAAUGCCGCCGCCGCCUCCUCUGCCGUCGCCUCCGCCUCCGCCUCCUCCGCCGCCGCCGCCGUCGCCAGCCUGCGAUUUGUUUUCUGGCCACUGGGUUUUCGAUAAUCUUUCCUACCCUCUGUAUAAAGACCGAGAGUGCCGCUUCAUGUAUGAUGAUUUGGCUUGCGAGAAGUAUGGCCGGAAGGACUUGAGCUAUCAGCAUUGGAGGUGGCAGCCCCAUGGCUGUGAUCUCCCAAGGUUUAAUGCCAAAGCGCUGCUGGAGAGGCUGAGGGGGAAGAGGCUGGUGUUCGUUGGGGAUUCCAUAAACAGAAACCAAUGGGUCUCAAUGAUAUGUCUCCUCGAGUCGUCAAUUCCUCGACCAUUCAAAUACAGGAAAUCGAAUUCCUCUUUGUACACUUUCAAGGCCACUGAAUACAAUGUGUCGAUCGACUUCUACUGGUCUCCAUUGCUAGUGGAAUCAAACGCUGAUAACCCAUCAAAUCAUUCUUUCUGGGACCAAAUUGUCAGAAUUAAAUCCAUUAAAAAGCAUGCUAGGCAUUGGGGUGAUGCUGAUAUACUUGUAUUCAACUCCUAUCUCUGGUGGAGAACCCCAAAAUUGAAGCUCUUGAAAGGAUCAUUUGAAAGCCCUAAUAAAGCCUACAAGGCAGUCGACGCCUUCAGGUGCUACAAGAUGGCUCUGAAGACUUUGUCAAACUGGUUGGACAUCAACGUCAACCGUUCCAAAGUGCAACUGUUUUACGUUAGCAUGUCAGCCACUCACCAUCAGGCCGAACAAUGGGGCAUGCAGAGACAUCAGACUUGCUUAAAUGAAACUAAUCCAAUAUCGAUCCAGGGGUUUCGAGGGAAACAUGGAUCAGACCCUAGAAUGAUGCGUGCAGUAGAAGCCAUGGUUUCCAAAUUGCAAGAAAAGGGUUUGAAGAUGCAAAUGCUGAAUAUAACACAACUUUCAGAGUACCGGAAAGACGGCCAUCCAUCAAUUUACAGGAAGCUAUGGCGCCCUUUAACUAAGAAGCAGUUAUCGGACCCCAGAAACUAUGCAGAUUGUACCCAUUGGUGCCUUCCCGGGGUCCCAGAUGUAUGGAAUGAGCUUCUCCAAUCAUACAUUCUUCAGAACUGAAUUCAUUUGAUUUUAGUAUAUAAGAUUAUAUUGUGUGUAUGCAGAAGGUUUGGAAUUAGGUCAAGUGUUUUUUAAGUCAUUCGUAAUUAUUAGUUGUAGUAGCCUCAUCUGGCUGUUGUGUUCAAUUUAGCAGAUUAUGGAUUUAUUUUUUGGUGGUUCAAUGGAAGUUUCACCAUUGUCUUGAUUAUAUAUUGAACGGAACUUCAACCAUUAAUUUCAAAUUCAAGUCUU